AUGCCUACUCUUGCUCUUUCGAAUUUCAAUAUCGUGUUGGCAGUCUUGGGAGGUUUCAUUACUUUAUUUGGUCUGGUCUCUUACCUCUUCAAAGAGCAAUUUUAUCUAUCUGAAGCCUUGAUAUCGCUGCUCGCGGGGAUCGUCUUCUCGCCGCAUGCCACUAGUUUUAUCAAGCCCCUGCAGUAUGCCUCUGGAUCACAGGAGAACCUUGAUACAAUUACCCUGUACUUCACUCGGCUCGUUCUCGGAGUGCAAUUGGUACUGGCAGGGGUCCAACUUCCAAGCAAAUAUCUGUUGACAGAAUGGAAAAGCCUGGCGCUCCUAUUGGGACCUGGAAUGGCAUUCAUGUGGCUCUGCAGCAGUCUGCUUAUCUGGGGGUUGGUUCCAAAUUUGGAUUUCCUCCAUGCCCUCGCCGUGGGCGCUUGCGUGACACCCACAGAUCCCGUGCUUUCAAAUUCCAUUGUAAAAGGCAAAUUCGCAGAUAAAAACAUUCCCAAGGACCUGCAAAAAAUUAUAAUUGCAGAAUCUGGCGCCAACGACGGGCUAGGAUACCCAUUUCUAUUCUUUUCAUUGUAUCUUAUCAAGUACAUUGGUUCAGGAGAUGCCGGGCAGCCAGGAGGGGUUAGGCUAGCCAUGGGUGACUGGUUUGGAGAGACCUGGGGCUACACUAUCCUACUGAGCGUUGUGUACGGGGCAACUGUAGGCUGGAUUGCCAAAGAAUUACUCCAAUGGGCAAAAGACAAAAAGUUCGUGGACAGGGAGAGCUUCCUAGUAUUCGCCAUUACCUUGGCUCUUUUCAUUGUUGGCACGUGUGGAAUGAUCGGCACCGACGAUGUUUUAGCCUGUUUCAUUGCCGGCAACGCCUUUACGAUUGAUGAUUGGUUCCGCCUGGAGACGUUGGACGAUUCUCUUCAGCCUACGAUAGACAUGCUACUCAACCUCUCCAUCUUCAUGUGGUUCGGGGCGGUCUGUCCAUGGGGUAGCUUCCUUCGCAACGACGUUGUUCCAAUCUAUCGACUCAUCGUCCUUGGUAUUCUCAUCCUACUUUUUCGCCGUCUACCAAUCAUUUUUGCCUUGCACACAUUCCAGUGGUCGAAGAUAUGGCAGAUCGAGCAAAAGCAGCAAGCUCUAUUCGUGGGGUUCUUUGGCCCCAUUGGUGUCAGUGCUGUCUUCUAUUUGUACGUAAGUCUCGGGUUUCUACGGCAAAUUACCGUGGAUGGCGUGAUACGGGCAGAUGCGGAGAGGUUGGAGGAUGUGUUCACUGUGGUCAUCUGGUUUUUAGCCAUCUGCAGCAUAAUCGUCCAUGGACUGAGCGUUCCGCUUGGAAAAUUAGGCUACCAUUUACCUCGAACGCUUUCAAGUGCGAUUGCAUCAAGAUCCAUUAGUCAGGAUCCAGAAGAGCCACGUCCACCUUUUCGCGUCCAUGAGCAAAUCCAGAAUCGACCACAGCUGAACUAUCAGAGUAAUCGUUCACGAAACAGCCCGCGUACGCGAGAAGAGCCGCCCAGGCCUGUCUUUCGUAUUGGAGGGUCCAUCAUCAAAUCCACGACGUUUGAAAAUGGUGUUGGGCUUCAGACUAUCGAUGCAGCCAAAGAAAGAAUCCACUACAAUGUCGACUCGCCCGAGUUGAUCCACAGUCGUGAUGGUAGUGUAGACGGUGGGCACACUAUUCGCUCCGAAUAG